GUCUUCUCGAGUCUCUGGGCACCCAGGCAUUCCGGAGCCCCGCCUUUCCGCCGACCCCUCGAUAUUACAAAUGCUGACGCCCGUUCACUGCGGAGGUUCUUUUCCUAACAACAUCAGACAGACGCUCAACUCAGCCCAGUUGCACCCUUCCAAUCCACCAUGUCCAACCAGCCCAGCGGACCGAGGGCGGCGCAGCCCGGCUUCAGCGACCACACCUUCACGUCGAGCAGCGGCUUCGCGCUGCGGGUGCGCGUCUGGCCGGCGGACCCGCCUGUCUCGUCCCCGGCGCCGUUCGUGUGCGUGACGCACGGCGGCGGCUUCGUCGGCGGGCACCACUUCACGCCGCCGCCGCUGGUGUUCCCGGGCUUCCGCGCGCGCGGCUACCACGUGGCCUCGCACAGCUACCGGCUGGCGCCGCAGGCGCGGCUGGACGAGCAGGUCGCCGACUGCCUGGAGGCGGUCGCCUGGAUGCGCGCCAACUUGCCCGCCAUCCUCGGCCCGGACAAGGUCGACGUCGACCGCUACGUGCUCUACGGCGACUCCGCCGGCGGCCUGCUCGUCACGCUCAUGGGCCUGCACCUGGCGGCCCCGCCGCCGCGGGCCAUCGUCGACGUGUACGGCGUGAUGGACAUCCCGGACCUGGUGGAGCGGGAGCGGCAGCACACGGCGGAGGAGGCGCGGCCGUGGACGGGCGAGUUCGGGGAGGCGGAGCUGGAGGCGUUCCUUAGCGACCGCGACCCGGCAAACCUGCUGGACGCGUCGACCUCGUGGCGCGAGAUGGCCGAGGUGGACGAGAAGGAGCUGAGCCGGCGGUGGGCGACCGAGUUCCGGUACACGCGGCGGGCGCGGCUGCAGUCGGAGCUGCACGUGUGGCGGUCGCAGCACCCGCUGCGCGCGACGCUGUUCCUGAAGACGCUGCACCUCGACCGGUUCGGCGGCGACGAGGCGCGGGUGCAGGAGUACCUCACGUCGGUGACGCCGCUGCGGGCGGUGCGCCGGCGGCUGGCCGAGGGCCGGACGCAGUACCCGCCGACGGCGUUCCUGCACGGCACCGGCGACCGGGCGGUGCCGGUGCAGCACAGCUACGACAUGGCGCGGGCGCUCAGGGACAUGGGCGUGCCGGUGAUCGAGCGGUACGAGGAGGGCGAGGACCACGUGUGGGAUCACAAGUACACGAGCGCGGACGUCAAAGGGUGGAACGAGUUCAUCCAGCCGAUCCUCGAUUUUGUUGACCAUCACGUUGGGCGUUGAGUCGCGUUGUCUGUGUGCUUGAGGACAUAGUGUGUCGAGGGUGUGAGAAGUCGAGGGUGUGAGAACGAGAGGUAGGUAGUUAAAGGGAAGAAGGCACCUAUUCCACCGCAAAGAGCAAUGGGGUAAAAAGUAGAAAAAAAUAGCUGGAUGCGACUGAACACGAAGACGAACCCAAAUUCAAAACUGGGGUGUGUACUCCGGAGGGUAAGUGGCUGAUAGGGGAAAGCUACCCGCUCUUCCCGGGGGAUGAGGAGCAGUCAGGAAUCCGUCCUUGACUUCGCCGCACUCAUCAACCGCCUGUUACCACUCCAUCCUGCCUGGGCUUAUACGCCUGCAUUGUAUGUCCUCUGCCGGCCAGACUCUUCAUCCGAUCACGACUGACAAUGACCAACUUAGGGGUGUACAAGGCCCGGUAGCGUCACCUUCAACCCCCAAUUCGCUCCACGGACUCGGCAUGCUCGGUUGAUAUCCUCGGGUUACGCGGUUUCGCCCACACUUGGCGGGCCAAUGGUGGCUCUUGAGUCUUCGGAGAUGGGACGAACACGGAAAGCGAAACCUUUGGUAAAACCUACCUGAGGUAUUCUCGAGGGGGGCAACGGCUGUCCCGGACAGCUGUUGCCAACAGACGGCUGUGUCUGCUCCGCGGCUGGAAUCGGCGGGUAGCAAUGCUAGCAGACGAUGUCGCAGAGAAAGACUCUGAUAUCAGCCACCAGCUGGGAUCAGCAUUCAAGGUGAAAUCUGGCUUUUGGCGAGACUUAUAUCCGGACGGAAGAAACGACGCAGUAGUGUAUUUCUUGCCGCUUUGAACUCAGCGUUCCAUCCCGCCUU